CAACGGAUAUGACAAAAAAAUUUAUUUGGCUUUUGAUGAACUAUCUUUCUUUCUCAUACCUUACCUUACUCAUUUGAGUUCCAUCACUAUGGCUCCUUUGACAAACUUGCAUGGAGUCUCCAAAACUUUAGUUCCCAUCACAUGCCUUCCAAAUGCACAGAGGAACUUAAAGAGAGGACUAGUAGUUGGGUCUGUAGGAAGCAAAACACAGGAAUCAUCACAAUGUUCAGUUGAGACUACAAGAAGAGCAGCGACAAUAGGCCUUGUCACUAUAGUUCUUACAGCCCAAUUCAAUGCCAAGGUUUCAUUAGCUAAAGAUAAUGGGUUCUGGAUUGAAGAUCAUCCUCUUCCAAGACCAACUGUCACUAACAAUAUUGCAAAUGAGAAAACGGGGACACGUUCUUUUAUUAAGAAUGGACUCUACAUGGCAAAUAUUGGUGUCAAAGGAAGCGUGUAUAGGAUUAAGAAAUGUGCUUUUGAUCUUCUGGCUAUGGCUGAUUUGAUAACAGAAGGCACACUCAACUAUGUGACGAGGUACCUAAGGCUCAAGUCUACCUUCAUAUACUUCGAUUUUGACAAGGUUAUCUCUGCAACUCCAACUGAUGAUGAUAAGCAGCAACUAACUGAUAUGGCUAACAAACUGUUUGAUAAUUUUGAAAGGCUUGAAGCAGCUACAAGGAAGAAAAGUUUAGAGGAAACAAAAUCAUGCUAUCAGGAAACCGAAGUUAUGCUUAAAGAGGUCAUGGAUAGGAUGAGUAUAAUGUACAAAACAAUUUGACAUGAUUAUAAUCAAGUUGUGCUACUAUUUCUCUUGUCAAUAUCCAUUUUAUGUUUUUGAUUAACCAUGUUGAUUCCAAGAGAGGGAUACCCAUCAAGAAGAUAGGAAAAAUGUUAUUAAUAGAUUAUUGCAUUCAGCAGAAUUGCAAAUAUAUAGUAUGGUUUCUUCAACAAGAAUUUCCACAAAGAUAAGAUGUAGUCCGAAGUCCAUGUCCAUAUUUUGUGUCAACUAUACUAUAUUUUCAAUUAUAGAUUGUCUGAGAACGAGAGACUGAAAUAUGUAUAAUAAUAAUUAGUAAUAUGAAAUUAUGAAUGUAUAUAACAUUCAGAAUAAUUGC